CUUUGAGACUUGUAGCCAGAGUUGAAGAAAGAACGAAGGAUUUAUGAACAUUUCCUUGCUAUGUAGUGAGGUAGAUGUUCAACUUAAACUGUAAAUGUACCGAUAGUGAAAACCAACUUGUGGCCUUCGGGAAGCCAACUCAACUUAGCUCAAAAUGGGGCUGUUUCUUUUGAAUUUCGCUGGACCAGUCAACUCGGCGACAACACAAGGAACAAUCACAGAGAGCAAGCUGCUGUGCCAAGGGCCAAAGAACCAGAGCUACAUCUGUGAAUCGGGCUACUGCUGCGAGUCCCAGUGCUGUAGCCACUACUAUGAGCUUUGGUGGUUCUGGCUGGUGUGGACCAUCAUCAUCAUCCUGAUCUGUUGCUGUGUGUGUCAUCAUCGCCGCACCAAACACCGACUGCAGCAGCAGCAGCGGCAGCACGAGAUCAACCUCAUCACCUACCGAGAGGCACACAACUACACCUCACUGCCAUUCUAUCUCAGGUUUCUUCCCAGUUACCUCCUCCCGGCCUAUGAGGAGGUGGUCAACCGGCCCCCCACCCCCCCGCCUCCCUACAGCCCCGCUAGCACCAUCAUCACAGAGACAGGCAGCGUUGCUGGGGGCUCCGGGGGGGGCACCACACAGACUGAACAGCCAGAGGUCCACAGUAGCCCUCAGGGCCCCCCCACUGCCACUGGCCUGUCUUGCCCUGGAGCUCUCUCAGCCUCCUCCAGCCCCAGCCCAGAGCAGCAUCACCACCAACACCAUCAGCACCACCAUCAGCAUCAUCUACCCCCCUCCAGUCUGGGCCCUGGAGGUGGAGGUGUUGAUGGAGGUGGUGGUGGUGUUGGUGUUGGGGAGCAUGCCAAGCAUCUCUCUAGGGCCCCACUGUACGAGGGUAGGCAGCGUGUGGUGGUGCUAGCCGGGGACUCCACUACCACCACUACCACCGGCAGCAACAGCAACAGCAGCUCCAGCCCAGGCCGGGGCAAGCUGCUCUCCUCCUCCUCCUCCUCCUCCUCCCCCCGGGACUGCUGUAAGGAGCCAGGAUGCGAGGCGCUGGACGACAAGGAGCGCACGCCGGGACGCCACCGCCGCUUCACGGGCGAUUCGGGCAUCGAGGUGUGCGUGUGCAGCCGCGGCAUGGGGGAGGGGGAAGAGGAGGAGGAGGAAGAAGAGGAGGAGGAGGAGGAUGAAGAUGAGGAGGAGGAGAGGAUGAAGGAGCUGGAGAGACUGAUGGACGCGGGGGAUGGGGAGGGGGACAGGGACAGGGAUGAGGAGGAUGCUGUGGGCCGGGGCGGCCGGGGUGACUUCUGUGACAGCUGCCGACCGCAUGGUGGCGGAGGCGGAGGUGUUGGUGGCGUCCACGUCAGGCAGCAGCACCACGAGCCCCCUGCCAUUGCCGUUCCCCGUCUGGAGGAGAGGGGACGCCCAGAGGGGACUGAGCGGCAGCAUCCUAGUUCUCAGCAACAGCAUCAGCAUCCUCACUCUCAGCAUCCUCACUCUCAGCAUCCUCACUCUCCGCAACAUCAGCAUCAGCCACAGCACAAUGGCCAAGUGUCCGUCUCGGUGUCACGCUCACCCGUCUGCCUGCACUUGCACACCAUCAACGAACAGGACGGCACGCAGAGCCAGGGCAGCGCCGACAGCCAGAGCUGAGCAGAGCAGAGCACUUAACAAGAACAAACACAAGAAACCGAAACAAAAAACGAAGACGACCUUAAACAACCUACACAUGGGCAUGCCAAGAACUCCUCCUCAGUCUGUGUGUGCAAAACAAACAUCCCUUUACUGACUCCCUCUC